UUUUGUGGUAUUGGAAUGUAAGUGAUAUGCUCCACAGAAUCGCUCACAGGAUGACAUAUUGCUGGGUAGCUGAAUGGAUAACAUUCAUCGAUAAUUAUCUCUGCUUUUAAAAAAAGGAUUCUGUGGACAAGGACAAUGGCCAAGUUGGCAGUAAACUAUACAGAGUUCUCUAUUGUAACUCAAAUGGCAGCUGAAUUCACGGCAUUAAAUCAUGCAACUGAAAAUGCACUUAACAAUAUGCGCAAUUCUAAUGUAACGGAAAGUGUAUCGAACGUUACCGACAACUGGAAUAUAUCAACAAGUAUGUAUUAUGAUGACUAUGAGGAAGUAGGUGCAUUUGACAAUCCAUUUAAUGUUGUAAAGUUGAUAGUGUGCAUUCUCGGACUGAUUGCAAACAUAAUGUCAGUAACAGCCACUGUGCACAUACCGCACGGACUGACAACACACUCAAAACUGAUCAUCAGUCUGGGUGUAUCCGACAGUCUCAUUCUGAUAGCAGCUCUUGGUCAUAACUUCUUAUAUAUCACAUCAUCAGUAGAAUGUAUCUACAUAAUAAAACGUGUACUGCAUGAUACGGGUGUUUUGGCAACACUUCUAAACCUGUUAGCAAUGGCAGCGGAUCAUUACCUGGCGAUCAUGAAGCCAAUGAGUUACAGUAGAUUCAUGACACGUCUUCGCUGCAACUGCUCAAUUUUGGCGAUAUGGACUGUUAGCCUUAUCGCCGGACUUCUAGAGAUAAUUGUUGGCCAAUUCAUCAAAGCUGAAAUAGGCUUUGAAGACUUUUCAUUUUGCAGUAAACUUUUAAUAGACCAAUUUGAUGCAGAGUUAAUUAUGCCAGUGCUAAUAUUUGUAGUACUGUUCGGUGUAGUUCUUUUUUACACAAAAAUUUACUUUGUCGCAAAGAGUAUUAUCUCUAGAGACAGAAUGCUCUACCAUGACGAAAUGCACAACUACAAAGCAAUUAUAACCACAAUGCUCAUAAUUGGAACCUUCAUCAUUUUCUGGACACCACUAGCCAUUUUCAAAAUUUAUACGCACAUAAAUGCCGAGGCAAGUUAUCAUUCAGAUAAAGAUCAACUGGAGUUGGCAGAAGAUUUAAUGUUUCUACUGCUGCUGCUGAAUUCAUUGGUUGAUCCACUAAUUUAUGCGACUCGACUUCAAGAAGUUCAGCGGGGAUACAAAGUUUUGUUCUAUAAAGUUUUCCCAGAUCGCCGUUUCUCAAUUAAUGAGGAGGAGUUCAGGCAUCAAAAUGCAUCAUUCUGUUCGAAGCGACGAGACACACUUCACACGUUUGUCGGCGACACUGCUGGCUGUUCCAGUCCCGACAGUCCCUCGGACAAACUUUCCGACUUUGAAAAGAAAUUUGAAGAAUCCUCUUUCAUGCCUGAUCACUGUUGUGUGCAAAAAUAAGAUGCUAACUGCUGCUGUUUAGACUGUCUAAACAAACCUGUUUUCAGCAACUCCCUGUGUUAUGUGACAACUCUUCCAAUAAUGCAUUUCACUAUACAUAUUAAGUACAUUUAUAGUAAAUGACUUGAGUGUUCCUGAUAUAUGUUACCAUGAACCAAGUAAUCAACUACAAUAAUUACUGGUCUAUAAAAAGAAUUUAUAAUGCAAAAAAACAACAACAAAAACAGAAAUGUGUGAAACAUAGAUAAAAUACUUGAGAAAGAGAAAAUUCAUAUCUUGGCAAUUACUGAUAUUGGAAAUUACCUACUGCAAAAAAUAAUUUCAACAUUACUGAUGAAUGCAAUAAUGAUAUGUAAACUGAUAAGUGCAAAAUUUACAUGUCAACUGUUGACUUUGGAAAAAUAUUGUGAUAUGUGUGUACUUGUUGUGAAAUAUUUUCAUGCACAAGGAACUAUGAAAUCAAUCAUAUUAACGAAGAAAUAAUGUUAAGUGGAUUUUCCAGCUGGGUCAAUCUAGAGCGUUAAAGCAAAUAAUUAACCCUUGUUAUGCUGGACACGAUUGAUUCUGCCUUUGUGACCAGUAUAGAUCAUGAUCAGCCUGCACAUCCAUGCAGUCUGAUCAUGAUCUGCACUGUUCGCUAUUCAGUCAGUAUUUUUUUGGUAUGCACCAAUUUUAACAGUUAAUGGUACUUGUCCAAAUUGAAAGAUGGACAAGUUCAUUAUAGAAAUUUAGCAAAGUUUUUAAAAACUUUGCUAUCAACAGGAAAUAACUGUUAUAAACUGAAUGCCAAGAUUUAUUUGCAUUCAUUGUCAGUCAGUAUUAUAACCAAGAUUGACAGUCAUUCAUUUGUUUAAGAAAUAAUACAUCUCAUUGCUUUAAAGUUCAGAUGCUAAAAGGAAUCAUUUCAUGAGGGCACAACCCUUGUGAUAUAAUAAUACCCAUCUGAACAACAAACAGUGAUUUUAUUCAAGAGCAAAUCACUAAAUGAGAUAUAUUAUUUCAAUUCUAACAUGUUACCAAGGAGUUUUUAAGUACAUCCUUGACGACAUCCAUUAAAUAUUUGCCUGUUUUCUGUUGCUUCCUUUUCCAGUGUGCCACUCUGAUGAUUAACACUAUGACGUUAUAAUUGUGGUGUCAGAAAAAUGAACUUUUGUAUAAUAACAUACAAUUUUCAGCCUUCUUUGUUUAGUAGGAAAAUGAAUCUGGUCUGUUAGAAUCCUAGAUAUAAUCAAAUCCACUGUUUACAUUUGUAUUUGUUACCAACCAAUGUGCAUAUAAAUCCCAUUCCAAUACAAAACUAGAAGUACGUGAAGUCUCCAUAUUUUGUAGAAGGUUCAGUAGCAAGAAAAGUGCUUGAGGCUUUAGAUGCUCACACUUUUAACUGCUGUUUAUUCAAAUAAAAUGAAUAUGAUAUCUAUAUCUCUAAUACUGCAACAAGAGGGCCAUGAUGGCCCUAUAUCGCUCACCUGUUAUCAUUGCACUUAAGGACAAGUCUUCAAGGUCAAAAGAUCAUAAUAGAAAUCAAUCAAAAGAAUUAUGAGAAAAUAUAGUUGAAAUUUUCUUUAAGUAACUUUAAAAACAAGAUUUGAAAACAUUUUGUAGAGGUCCACAAGGCAAUGCUACAUGUCAAAUAUCUAAGCUCUUCUGGUUUAUUUUUAGAAAAUUUUGAAGAUUUUUCUAUGUAUAAUCAAGUAACCCCACGGGGCAGGGUCAAUUUGACCCCAGGGGUCAUGAUUUGAAUAAACUUUGUAAAAGUCUAAUAGGCAAUGCUACAUGUCAAAUAUCUAAGAUCUAGGCCUUCUGGUUUAUUUUUAGAAUUUUUUUUUAAGAUUUUCCUAUGUAAAAUCAA